AUGAAUGAAGACAAAGCAGUUCAAAGCAAAAACUCGAACAAGAUGAGAUUUACUUCAACUACUGAGAAAGACCGUAGAUCAACGACAUUUGAUGAGGAGCCAAAGUCGACCCGCGGUAUCAACACAAUGAGCCAUGUUUUGAAGAGGAAAAUCCAGAAGAUUAAACCCGUAGUUAAGUACAAUAAAAGGGGCAUACCACAUGUCAAGGCUGCUAUAGAGAUGCAAUAG